ACCCAAUCCUGGGCUACAUCAAUGAGCAGUACGAGCGGUACCUGCAGGAGGAGAUUCUCAUCACCCGCCAGCGCCACAUCCCUGACACCCGGGUGCACUGCUGCGUGUACUUCGUGCCACCCACCGGACACUGGUGAGGUGGCUGGGCCCACAGGUGGAGGGCCAUCUGCGUGGGGUGGACAGGAGAAGGAGGAGGAGUCCGUGGCAUGGGCUGCGAACUGGCAUCGCCUCACUCACUCACACACUCGCCACCGUCACUGUCCUGCCUAAGCAGCCUGCGGCCCCUGGACAUUGAAUUCCUGCAGCGCCUCUGCCAGACUGUGAAUGUGGUGCCCGUGAUUGCCCGGGCUGACAGCUUGACCAUUGAGGAACGAGAGGCCUUCAGGCGCAGGAUCCAGCAUAACCUGAGGACCCACUGCAUCGAGGUGUACCCCCAGAAGUGCUUCGAUGAGGACGUCAAUGACAGGAUCCUCAAUAGCAAGAUCCGGGAACGGAUCCCCUUUGCUGUGGUCGGGGCCGACCGAGAGCACCUGGUGAAUGGGAGAUGUGUCCUGGGCCGGAAGACGAAGUGGGGCAUCAUUGAAGUGGAGAACAUGGCUCAUUGUGAGUUCCCCCUCCUGAGAGACUUGCUCAUCCGGUGAGCGAAUGGGGAGCCCGGGGGGCUACGGGGGGCCCUGGAGGAUUCUGUGGUCAAUCCAGCCGUCCUGCCGCCCAUCUCCCAGCACCCACCUCCAAGACCUGAAGGACAUCACCCAUAACAUCCACUACGAGAACUACCGUGUCUUCAGACUGAACAAAAGCCACGUGCUGCCCCGUGGGCCCGGCUGGGUGAACCUGGCCCCGGGCCCGGCCCCCAGCCCUGCCAGUCCCCAGGCCACCCCCCGGACCAUGAAGGUCUGCCGGUGGACCCAGGACAACUCGGACGAUGAAUGCUAAGCACUGGAGCACCCUGGGCCCAGGGUCUCCCAGACGCCAUGGCACCCCCCAACCCCCCGCACACACCUGUAUACUAGAGCGUGUAUUAAAGGUGAACAUUGCUUUUUGGGAAAAGCUGUGCUUUGAAAACAAAAGGUGUUUUGUA